AUGGCAUCUGCGAAGAGUGAGCUCUCCCAAACGCUGCAGGAUAUUACUCAUGCCAAGCUGCGGGAGCUUUCCAGAAAACAAGAGAUCUUCCUCAGCCAUAAAGCUACGACACUACAGACCGUACAGGCAUUGGACUCCAAGAUCGAGAGACUUGCGGCGUUAUCUAAUGGCCUCAAGACGUGCUUCGGAAUUCCAGUGGUGAACGGUCGCAUGAUCCGUGGCCAUACCAGCAACCAUGAGCGCUUGGAGAUCACGCUUGCAAAUAUCGAUCGGUUUCUUAAGCAGGCUCAAUAUGACCCGUCUAUCUCACCAUCCAUCAUGCAACGAUGGCAGCAGUCUCUACUCAGCAAUCUCGAGAUGCAAACCCUCAAAUACGAGUUUGCCACACUUUUUGGCCAGCUGACCAUGGAAUGGCUGUCGACUAAGAAAGGUCCCCCACCAGAUGACGAUGUCUCCAUGUCUGAAGAGCCAGAGCAGCUUCCGGGCGCUGAGAAGUUGGAGUCCCGGAAACAAUGGGAAGAUGCCGUCUUCACUCCGCUUGAACUCGACACAGAUGAAAUUGAACUUCUACUCAGCGAGCUCUUCCAGAACCCGUCGAAAGAUGCUAAAGAUAUACGGGUCGCCUUUAAAGAGCUCCAAAGAAAAGUGCAAGUGUUCGAAGAGUCAUUGACGUACUCUCGUUUAUUUUCCGCGAGCACACUACGAUGGACGAUCUCGGGCCUGAUGGCGUCCGAUCUGCUGACCGAAGAAAAGCGGACGGUUUUAAAAGACUUCUUGAAUAACGCGAUCAUCCUGGAUGAGCUCUCCGAUGUGCUGAACAUGCGCAUGACAGCCCUGGACGCUUGGUCCUGGGGUACAGAAGUUCCCAUCGAACAGCGACGCCAACUGAACGGAACCUAUAACAUUUAUAUGCACGAGGAUCUGAUCCAGGCCAUCUUCUUGCAAUACCUCGGUGUCAAAUGGUCGGUUUUCUUUAAGAGCGCCUUUACGGAGUUCCGAAAAGCGAGUGGCGUGUGGAAAUCGCCCGGAAGUAAUAUUCCAGAAAUUGACAAGAGCCGUCGCGAGUUCUUCCUAGGCUAUCGAUCACCCAAACACAGCGUGCAAUCUACACGGGAGAAAAUAUAUCAGAAGGGGUCGAGAGGAGCAGCAGUUUUCUUCGAGGAGGAAGCUGGCGUUGAUGAGGGUGAAGAUAGCGAUGAUGAUUAUGAUACUGACAAUGGGCGUGAGGUUUUCAACCCCAAAAAUCCAAUGGAUGCCAAACAAAACCUGUUGCACCUCUUAGCCACUGACAUUUUGAUCAAGACUCAACUUGAGGGAGAGCUGACUUGCUUUCGCUCGAAAUAUGAUUCUCUAAACCCGGACUUGUCCCACGCAACUAUUCAUGCAGUCCUUGGAUUUUUUGGUGUUUCUGAGAAAUGGCUAGGGUUUUUCCAGCGCUUCUUGAAAGCACCGCUCAAGUUCAUUGAUGACCCUCACGCUGAGCCUCGUCAGCGUCAGCGAGGUACUCCUGGAGCCCAUGUACUCAGUGACGUGUUUGGGGAGUCCAUUCUCUUCUGUCUCGACUUUAUGAUCAACCAGAAGACUGAGGGCGAGCUCCUCUGGCGAGUUCACGAUGACUUCUGGUUCUGGUCAUCAAACCAUCAGACCUGCGUAACCGCAUGGAAUGCGAUCCAAAGAUUCAACAAGACAAUGGGAAUCUCUCUAGAUCCAUUAAAAACAGGUACUGCCCAGGUCCAGCACAAAGCUACAAAAAGCCCGACCAGCCUCGAUCCCGCCUUACCCCCUGGACAGGUCAGAUGGGGCAUGCUAUACCUCAACCCCGACUCGGGGCAUUUUGAAAUCGACCAGCAAAUGGUAGACAGCCACGUUGAGGAGUUGAACCGCCAAUUAAAAGACCAGGUCAGAAGCGUCUUUGGUUGGAUUCAGGCAUGGAACUCGUAUGCGACAACAUUCUUCACGUCCAACUUCGGCAAGCCUGCCAACUGCUUCGGGCGCAAGCAUGUUGAUAUGAUGCUCGCCACCCAUGAACGAAUCCAGCGCGUAGUGUUUUCCCUUGAUGCUGAAGGUGGCAAAAGUGACGUUAGUGUAAUCCAGUUCCUCCGGGAUAUAAUCUGCCAACGCUUUAACAUCACCUCUGUGCCGGACGGUUACUUCUUUCUCCCGAUCGAACUUGGCGGUCUCGAGCUUUCUAGUCCCUUCAUUCAGCUGGUAGGCUUACGAGACUCUCUCAUCGAAGAUCCGACUACUCUUUUAGAUAAAUUCUUGGAAGCGGAACGGGACGCGUACGCCUCGGCCAAAGUGCGCUACGAGCAACGCCUCAACAGUACCCAACAUGCAGCCAUACAUAAUCAAGGCUUCUACCCGGACGACGCGCACACAUUUAUCUCAUUUGAGGAAUAUAUUCGGUAUCGUGAGCUACUCGGCUAUGGCUUCACUGGUGAGCUAAAGGAGGUAUAUGAAAAGCUUCUACAACGCCCCGAGCAACAGCAUAUUGAAUGCGAUCCGAACGGUGCCGUGUUCCGGGAGCUGAACCAGCUUUCCGGCCACCAGAACCUGAGAGGAAUCAAAAGCAAUUGGAGAAAUAUGGAUGCGUAUUGGAAAUGGGUGGCCGAACUCUACGGGCAGGAGAUUAUCGACCGAUUCGGCGGGUUUAACAUUGUCGAUCCUGGGCUGUUGCCUAUCGGGAUGGUGAGUUUGUUCCGCAGCGGGAGGAUCCAGUGGCAGGAAUGA